GAGAUAUUUACGAACUGUUCAGAGUCCGUCUCCCUCUACCAGCCUCUCAUAGUCACAUAAACAAUACUACUCUUGUCCGUUAGUGUUAUUUUUUUACGGUCCGCUGUUUACACAAUUUAUUUUUUAUCAGUUAUCAGUUGUCCGUUGAAAAUUGAAUUAUGAUUAAAAAUUUAAACAUCUUUGUUUCUACGUUUGAGUCCGGAAUUUUUCUUCCAUUAAAUUCAAUUUGUUAAUUCUUCUCAUUAUUACUCACUGGUGGCUUGUUCUUUCACGUCCUCUAUAAAAAUGCACCAAUUACAUUUACAACGAGUUUACAGUCUUAACAUUUAUUCUGUGCUCACAGGCGCUCAGUAAUUUAGAUUGAAUUAUAAUAAUUUUACUUGUCCAAAAUCUAAUAAUUGCAAUUUAAAAUAUUAAUAAAAUGGCUCAGGAAUUAAAUACUUCAAAAUUUGUGAAGACUUAUGGGAAACCUAGGCGCACCCAACUUAUAGGACAUAAUUCAUUGUGGAAUGAUGAUUUAAAUGAUGAUUUUGAUAAAUGUUUGGGUAUUGAAGAUGUCCCACAAACAACAUUUAUUUCACCUGAACCAGUUGGUUCAGUUUCUAUGUACAUGUCAGCUAAACAUAAAAAAAAAGAUGAAAAUCAAAAGAAUUCUAUUAGUGGAUGGUCAAUGCAAUUACAUUGUACUUUGGAUAGUCAUAAAAAUAAUUUUGGUAAAAAAAAGAGGUAUACAGACUACAAUUUAGAUAAUAAUUAUAACAAGCAAAAAAUAUUGUUAAAAAGUGCUAAAAAGAAAAAUUUAAAUAUUAAAAAUAAUUCAAAAGCAGGGGUUACAUCAAUCUCAACAAAAAAAUUAAAAACCAAACAUAUUUUAUCUCAAGAACAAUGUUCUACACCAUUGCAAAAAUCUAUGUUUUUGGCCUAUUGUAAUAAAUUCAAUAGUAUUUCAUCAAAAAAAAGAAAAAAAACUAAAUCAAAGAAAAUGUUGUUACAUGCUGUUAAUACUCUUAAUUCUUCAGAGCUCAGCUUGCAACUAGAAAAUUCACAUGGAAAUAGUUCUAAUAUCUCAAUGAGCAUAAUUGAUGAUUAUAAUGACCCAUUUGAUCAGUCUGUUCAAAUAUCUAGUUGGAAAUAUCCAUCAUUAAACAAAUAUUCACAAAAUAAAAUAUCUAACAACCAGCUUGUAAACAGUUCUAAUAGACCAGAUAAAAUUAAAAAAAAAAAAAAUCCUUGCUCAAAAGAGAAAAACUCAAAUUGGUAUCAUAAAGUAUUGGAUAUUUUUGGUGAUGAAACUAUUACUUUAGAAAACUCAAAAAAUCAAGAUAUUUCAACUUCAGAAGAAUACAUAGACAAUAAUAGUAAUUUUGAACCAGUUUUAAAAUAUGAAACUAAACAAUUAAUGUUAUUAGAGCAACAAAAGCAAACAUUACCAUUAUCCAAUUUAAAUAAUAUAUCAUUUAAAUCUUUAAAACAUUUCAAUAAGAGUUCAUCUGGAAAAGAAAAUCAUAGUAUUUUGUCUUUAAAUUGUUCUAAACCAUAUAAAGAGAAUAGCAAUAUAACUAUUGAUAAUAUAAAGGAUGGAAUUAUUGAGGAGUCUCAAUCAAGUCAACCAUAUGUGUUAUGUGAUAAAUAUGUGUCUAAACCAAAAAAAUAUUUGUAUGAAUCAUAUAAUGUACUUGAUAAAAGUAAAGCAAUUGAAAACUGUAGGUUACCAAAUACUGAUGAUGUAUCUGUAAAUAGUUUAAAUGAUGAACCUUUUGUUAAUAAACCAAAUAAUGAAGACUAUAAAUUAUUUCAACUAAAUCAAUAUGAAACAUCUUCCAGUAUGAACGCAAGCCACAUGAUACAGAAUGAGGUAAAAUCGUUUUUGAAUAAUUCAUUUACUUUAUCCCAGGAAUAUUCAAAAAUAUCAUCUGCAGACCCCCUUGAUUUAAAAUUGUUAAGUAUAUUAGACAGAAUUGACAAUAAUAAGAAAAGUUCAUACCCUCAAAAUAAUAAAAAUUCAUUAACAUCGUUUAAAGAGAACAUUGGACUUCAAUCUGAUGACGAUGAAAUUAUAUGUUGUUCACCAGAUUCUGAACCUCAAAAAUUACUAGAUAUUACAAAUAAGUUUUCAGAUAUUAUAAUUGAUGAGCAGUGUAAUAAAUCUAUUAAUGAGGAAAGUUUAAUUGGAGAAUUUGAUCAUACAUUAUGUAUGUCUUUUGAAACAUCAAACCAUAAACAUGACAUUUCAAAUAAUUCUUCUAUUUUACAAAGUUCAUCUAGUUUGGAACAAAAUACUGUUAUUUGUAAACAAAAUUGUACAGAUAUGUUUUAUAAAAAAGAGAAUUCUGAUUAUGAUUUAUUAUUAAAUGACAAAAGUAUUGAGUUGAAAACAUCCAGUAUAUGUGAUUCUAAAGAAGAUACCUUAAAGUAUAACGAUGAGUCAUACAGGCAUAUAAAUUUAUCUAAUAACGAAUAUAUUGAUCCAGAAAAAACUAAUAAUAAUAAUCCAAUAAAUAUUUCUAGUAGUGUAUCAAAUGGUUUAUUAAAAAAUAGUGAGUCUAAUUUGUCUGUCAUUAUGCCGCGGCGGAGAUAUGCUGCUCGGUUUCAAAGUUUGGAUAUCAUUAAAGAGUCAACUCAAUUAGAGACCAUUUUGCCAGAUCAAAACACAUCAGUUUUUCAUUUAGAACCAGGUAAAAAAUGGCGUCGUUCUAUUUCCAUUGUUCGAAAUUAUACAGAUAGUAAUAAGAAUCAAUCUACAAAUUCUACAAAAGGUCGAAAAUGGGCUUUUACAGUCGAUGAUAUAUUACGACAGCAAUGUAUAAAUACUAGUAUUCAUCAAAAUUUAGAUCAAAGCAAUGUUUUAAAAAAUUCAAUUUGUAGCCAAAAUUUACAUCUAAAAUCGAUUGAUCUUGAAAAUCAAAAAGCCAGAGAUUACAUUUUUGAAGCAUGUAAUCAACAAGAAUUAAUAUCUUUUGAAUCGUGGUUAGGGCCAAAGUGUACAAAUAAAUGGAAAAAAGUCGGAGAAGGUGUUUAUGGCGAAGUGUUUAGUUAUUCCAAUGGAAAUCAAUGUACUAUUGUUAAAAUCAUUCCUGUAGAGGGGGAAAUAAAUAUUAAUAGUGAGAAUCAGAAGAAAAUGUUUGAAGUUUACAGUGAAAUCAUAAUAGCAACAGAACUGAAUAAAUUAUGGAACAAAAGUAAUUUGAAUCAAACCAGUUCAUUUUGCAAACUUAAGCGUGUUUCUUGUGUUAAAGGAAAAUAUCCUAAUAUUUUGAUUAGUUACUGGCAAAAAUAUGAUAACGAUAAAGGUUCUGAUAAUGAUAAUCCUAACAUAUUGCCAAAGGAUCAAAUUUUUAUGAUUUUGGAAAUGGAAAAUGGUGGUAUUGAUGUAGAGAAUUUUAUUUUCAACUCAGCAGAUCAAUCAUUAUUUGCAUUUUUACAGAUUGUUUUUGGGUUAGCUGUAGCGGAGGAAGUAUAUAAGUUUGAACAUCGUGAUUUACAUAUUGGUAACAUUUUAAUAAAAAAAUGUUCAAACAAGAAUAUAUCUUAUAAAUUGGAGGGUGAAUAUUUUAAUGUACCGUCACGAGGAAUUAAGAUAACAAUAAUUGAUUUUACCUUAAGUAGAAUGACAUACAAUUCCAAACAUGUGUAUAAUGAUCUUGCUAAAGAUACAGAAUUAUUUACCUCGGUUGGCGACUAUCAAUUUGAUAUUUAUCGGAUGAUGAAAAAAGAAACUAAUGAUCAAUGGGAAUCUUUCAAACCAGCUACAAAUAUAUACUGGCUGCAUUAUGUAUUAGAUAAAAUGCUUUUGUCAGUGCAUUAUAAAAAAACUAAUACAAUAUUACAUAAUAAUGGACGUUCAAUUCUGGAACAGUUGAAAAAUAUAAUAUUAUCCUUUAAUAGUGCCAAAAGUUUUGCCGAAAGUGAUUUAGUAUUAAAUUUAAUUGGGUACAAAAAGCUAUGAACAAUUGUUUACUUGGCAAUAUGAUAUGAUUUGUUGAAUCACUGAAGACUGAAAUACAAAUAUUUUUAUUUUUUUUGUAUUUAAUCGAUAGUUUUAUCAUUUCAUACUAUUAAUAUUAUUAAAAUUAUUUUUUUAUUGUU